AUGUCAAACAUGAACCCCCACACUCUCGACUUAAGGCAAGCACACAGUUAUCCACCUCACUUGAGAAAUUCACCGAACUUCCCAGCUAAUGCGGUAUACGUUCCUGUCCCGCCGCAUGCGCAUUUCAUUCCUGUUUUCCAACCUCCUCCUAUGGCUGCGUACAAUAACGGGGCCGAGAAGAGAACUCUCAAAAAUACAAGCCCACUGCGUAGAUCCAUUGCGUUAAAUAACACGAGUCACCAAAAACCAUCCCCAAUCAGCAAAAGCUCGCGAUCAAUCUCUAAUACAGGUGUUAAACUGGCAACCGACAAUGCGACGUUCACUGAGCUAAAAUCUAUUGACCAGCUGAAAAAGCAGGACAUUGCAAGCCCUUUUGAAGAAAAGUACAUGGAAAAACCAAUCCGUGCAUCUUACGAUAGUCCAACGAUAAAUGUGACAUCUGCGUCCUCAGAUGUGAAGAUAUACAAAUUGUCAGAAUUGCCAUUCAGGCAACCGUCACUAAAGAGUGACGCGUUCAUGCGAAAGAAGAUCGAUGCACAACAAGAUUUGUAUCGCCAGAAACAACCAGUUGGGCCUGCAAUUGAUGUCGACUUUGGAGCUCGAGAUCUAGCAGAGGCUGCGAGCACGGUUGAAGGGCCAGCAACGUCCAAGGAACAGAAACUUCCAAGGCCCUCAAAAGCGAAUCCUCUGGCCAGGGUAGCUUUCAUAGAGUCAAGUGAGCCAAACGACAGCGUAGACUUGAGCUUUGACGGAAAAGCAAUGAACCGCAGCGACGUGUUUAAGAUUGUGGAUUCAUUCUGCCAAGCCCAGGACGAAGGCCAAGAAUCCUAUAACAACAGUACCUAUGACCACGAUGACGGCAAACACGAUGAGAUCACUGCAGGCUUUCAGAAUAUAUCAAUUUUGCCCCCAGAGAUGACCAACAACGGAGCAACGGAGCCCACACUGUAG